AUGGCGCAGCAUCCUGAUGUGGGAGUUUAUCACGGAAAAAAGCGCCCCGCGGAGAGUGACCCUGAUGGAGAUCAGCCUCUAAUAAAAAGGUUUGGUCGCUUGCAUAUUGAUCCUCAAGCAAUUAGCCAUGCUCCUAGUGAAAUUCGAAAAAAUCUCGACGUUGGUCAACAUGGUUCGUCAGCUUUAAAUGACAUGAUGAUAUUGGACGACACGAAACAUACGGUUUACAUUCAUGACCUUGAACGUGAAAUAGCAGAAACUGAGCUUCCCAGUGAUUCUAUCACUUUUCUGCCCGGAAUCGGGGAGAGCUUGCGAGCAAUCCCGAGAUUCGUCGUCACAGAAGCAAAACCCAUGUGCAAUGAGCUGGUCCUCUAUAGAGAACCAGCGUCGCUAACGGUACCGAAGGAAAGAGACACUGUGCGUAAGGCUUUGAUUGAAACAAGGGAGCGGGCUAGAACAAAUCAAUGUGGGCGACAUCCUUCCACAUAUAGCACUAUAUAUCCGGGAACCAUCGCAGAUCCUGGUAAUUCAAACAAUACUUGUCAUCCGGGGGAUGCAAUGGAGAUAGAUGCUGGGGUAUAG